UCUCUCCAUAAUAAUAAUUAUAAUCGGAUCAUUGAUGGGUUGCUUAAUCACUCGUAAUCACUUUGUCAAUUAACGCGUUGCCCAUUAAAAUAAGCCGCUAAAAAUCACUAAUCACAAAUGAGAGCAAUUAGUCAUGGCGAUUAGAAAGAAUUUGUAAUUAUUCUUCGGACAAAAAGAUAUACUUCCAUUCGCAAUUUGUUGUCGGUUGUGGUUUAAUGUAUCUCAAAUUUGGCGCAAUAUUUCUGCUCAUCUUUGCUGGUCUCCAGCAGGGAGCCUGGGGCAAGGCCAACUUUGAUAUGAUUUUCACGAACUGCACGUGCCGCAGCGAGGAUCCCGAGGGGAUGCUGUCCCACCUGAAAUGCGGCCUGAGCAAGAGCGUCCGUCGUCCCUCCUUCAGCAUUGAGCUGAUGUUCAGCCAGCCGGUGGUCAGGUUUCAGGUGAACAUGCGGAUCGUCCUGCCGCGCAACUCGGGCGACGACUUCACCCUGUUCAAUCUCACUGGCAUCGAUGGCUGCAGCCUGCUGUCGAACAAGAACCAGAUCGUCUUCAUCCAACUGGGACGUGAGCGUAUGGAUCGCUUUAGCAAUGUCCCAAAGCGAUGUCCCUGGCCGAAGGACGUGAUGUAUUAUGUGCGGGGCUUCCGAUCCGAUAUGCAGGCCUUGCCCGCCUUCAAUUUUGAGGCUGACAUGAACCUGUGGUUCGAGUUCAUCUCAAAUGGGAACAAAGUGAUCCGGGGAUUCAUCCAGAGCCGUGUACAGCGACGACGCACUCACAAAAAGGAUGGCUCGGACGAGUGAUGACUCCCUUAUCCGAGUGGCAUGUGGCAAGAAGGCGGAAUAAAAUUUGGGCCAAUUUGGUUACGUUUUGCCCUCCA